GCAGAGCAAGGUGUCACAAAUAGAAUUCGAUCAUUCAUAACUUAUUAAUAUUUGGCUUUUGUUUUUAGGCCAUAGCCAUGGAUACAUUUUUCUCCACGAGAAACAUUGCCAUAUUUCUGCUUCUUGGUGUAUUCUCCUCCAUGGGGAUCCAAUUUACAGGUGCGCAAUCAAUUGGGGUGUGUUAUGGUUCAGAUGGGAACAACCUGCCAAGCAAACAGGAUGUGGUGAACUUAUACAAAUCCAAUGGAAUAGGCAGAAUGCGUAUAUACAAUCCUGAUGAAGCCACCCUCCAGGCUCUAAGGGGUUCAAACAUUGAAGUCAUUCUUGGUGUUCCUAAUGAUAGCCUUCAAUCUCUCACAAACGCUGGUGCUGCCACAGAUUGGGUGAACAAGUAUGUCAAACCCUACUCAGACGUGAAAUUCAAGUACAUCGCCGUCGGGAAUGAAGUCCAUCCUGGCGAUGCCGGAGCAUCCUCCGUCCUCCCGGCUAUGCAGAACAUUCAGAGCGCGAUUUCUGCGGCAAACUUACAAGGCCAAAUCAAAGUGUCCACAGCCAUAGAUAGCUCACUAAUUCAAAACUCUUACCCUCCUAGUAAUGGAGCUUUCACCGAUAAUGGCUAUAUAAACCCUAUCAUCACCUUCCUAUCCAAUAAUGGAGCUCCACUUCUUGCUAACAUAUAUCCUUAUUUCUCAUAUACUGGCAACACACAAAGCAUUACUCUUGACUAUGCAUUGUUCACUCAACAAGGAACAAACGAUGCUGGGUAUCAAAAUUUGUUUGAUGCUUUGCUGGAUUCUAUGUAUGCUGCUUUAGAGAAAGUGGGAGCUUCAAGUGUAAACAUUGUUGUGUCUGAAAGCGGGUGGCCUUCUGCUGGUGGAACUGGCGCAACUGUGGACAAUGCAGGAACUUACUACAAGAAUUUGAUUAAUCAUGUCAAAGGUGGGACUCCAAAGAGGCCAAAUGGUCCUAUUGAGACGUAUUUGUUUGCCAUGUUUGAUGAAAACUUGAAGCCAGGUGCAGAAACUGAGAGGCAUUUUGGUCUUUUCAAUCCUGACCAGUCACCCAAGUACCAACUUACUUUCAAUUAAGACUUUCUUUUAUAUAUGUAACUUAAAUAAGGGUGUGCCAUAAUGAGCCUAGAUAUGUAUGGGUGCACCCAAUUGUGGCACCUUGUUGGUGUUUCUAAUAAAUAAUGCUUUAUGCUUUAUGCUAGAUGGAACAAAGAAUAAAGGAACUUAAAUUAUCAUGA